AUGAAGAAGCACUCAGCCAGAGUGGCUCCUCUCAGCUCCUACAGCUCCCAGGUCCUCACCUGCUCCAUCUCCGAAGGUAAAGACUCCUGACUGGGGGUAGGGGACAGGGAAAAGGGGAUGGAGUCUCGCCCUAGGCGCCAUGUCUUGGAUAUGUUUAUUUAUUUUUUAAUUUUUUAUUUAACCUUUAUUUAACUAGGCAAGUCAGUUAAGAACAAAUUCUUAUUUACAAUGACGGCCUACAUCGGCCAAACCCGGACGACGCUGGGCCAAUUGUGCACCGCCCUAUGGUACUCCCAAUCACGGCCGGUUGUGAUACAGCCUGGAAUUGAACCAGGGGGUCUGUAGUGACGCCUCAAGCACUGAGAUGCAGUGCCUUAGACCGCUGCGCCACUCGGGAGCCCAUGUGUGUGAACAUCUGUGUGUUUGCGUAUGCAUGCGUGUCUGUGUGUCUAAGAUGGGCAACAUUGGAAACUCAUCAAACCCUUCUAUAAGAGCAGGGAUAUGCGUGGUGAUUACCAUCUUUGGGCACUAUUAAUGCCUAUAGCUAAACGACUCUGGCAGUUUAGCUGUUUUUACAUAUUAAUUUUUGUGUAAUAGGCCUUAGUGUUAAGUGGUCAUUACAUGGCUCAUUAAAAUCAACCCUAAAGGGCAGAGUAUGAGAGAGAUAGAGAAAGAAAGGGAGGAAGAAGGGAGGGAGAGUUAAGGUAACUAAAACAAAUUAGGAUGUGUCCAGUCCUAGUAUAAUUGUGUGCUCUGGGCCUUCUAUGGUUAUGUAAAGAGCACACUAUUUUCCCUCCACAGAAUAGUGCAUACUGGGCUUCUUGUUAAGUCUAUGAAAUGAAAUGUCACAAUGGCAUGAAAAUUAUAUAAACAAUAUAAAGUUAUCAAGUAGACUAUAAUGCUCUUCAUUAUCUUGUGAUUAUUCACAAUCAUACACAAUCAGAUGAAUGAUUAUUUUACCAAUCAACUGUUAGGAUUAUUUCAAUAUUUUCACUUGAAUGACAAUGUAUUACAGAACUAUGAGAAACUUCAAUGCCUUUACUCUUCCCCAUUCUUUGGGAGGGGAUACAGAACUUAUCGACAGGGAUUGCGAUAUCACAGCGUGUGUUUAGUUGUGUUCAAGUUGUAAUUUGUGCCACACCACUGAUGUUGACAUACCCAAACAGGCUGACGGCUUGGCUGUUCUCACAUCUGUUCCUUCUUGCUUACCUGUUUUGUACAUGAUUAGUUUUAGGCAAAACCCAUUUAGAGAGGGACAUGGGUACAACAUCCUUUAAAUGGUACAGGCCUCUCCACAGCCAUACACUGUCCUGUUUCUAAGGAUUUGAGUUCUAUAUCAUCCAUUGCCUUUCUGUCUAUUUUGCAGAGAUUAACAAAAGAUACACUUAAUCCUCAAUUAAUCCAUGUCUUUUCGUCUCACCUGGUAUGGAAUAAAUGCACUUCCUGACCCCUGUAUACCACUGCAGGCCGUGUAGGAACAUCAAUGUUGUUUUCAUUUCUCACCUUUGCUUAUGAGUCAACUCAAAACAUAGCUUUGGGCUUAAUACAGUAUAUAACAGGAUGCAUAGGUAGCUAGAGAAAGGCCUACUAAACAGCAUUGCUUAGAGAUAUUCCUGUCCUUUGCAAGACCUCAGCCAUAUGAUGCAGUCAAGUGUCCAGACUACAGCUUGUGAGAUACUGUAGGUUUCCUUUUUAGUUUUUGAUAAGUUAUUUUUCACUGUGCCAUACCAUAUUGUAUGUUACAGAAGCUCAAAUGUAGCCAAUACUUCAGCAUUAAUGAGGUGGAAUGUGGAAUUAUAGUUUUGUUUUAAUAUCCGCAUCCUGGCAAUGGAUAAAAAUGUGGUGCUUGUGCCUGGGGAAACAGGAUGCUAGCAAGCCUACAAUGUGUCACUCUCUGCACCCAGCACCCACUACAGUACUGUACAGUGAAUUAUGUCCUCUCAGUAUGGGCAAGGUCUUUGAAUGGUCAAUGAACCGCAGAGAGAGGAGGACAAAGAAAUGUAGCUCAGCAUACAACAUCUACAUCCAGACUCGCUCAUAAAAAUUAUGUUACAAGUCUUACAUUUCCUGGAUGUAUUGGUGGGGACAUUUUCAUCCAAUAUAAAACUCUGCAAUAUUAAACUCUGCACUGUAUGCCAAGAUCCCAAGCCAAAUUGACAGAGUUCCAAAUGCCAGUGAAAGUUAGCUACUGUAUCUUAUUGGGGGGCAGGUAGCCUAGCGGUUAGCACAUUGAGCCAGUAACCAAAAGGUUGCUAGUUUUAAUCCCCGAGCUGACUAGGUAAAAAAUCUGUCAAUCUGCCCUUGAGCAAUGCACCCGGGUUGCGGUCAAUCAUGGCUGAUCCAAUGCUGUGACCCCACUCUCAUGGGGAGUGGGAUAUGCAAAAAACACAUUUCCAUUUCACCAUUCACGUGUUAAGGUUACACACUUGUACAUGUGUGAAACAGGACAAAUAUAAGCACCCCCUAUUUAACCUGUUGAAUUGCCACAGUAACCAUGGAGCAAAGUGGGACAGAGAUACAGUUUCCAUAUCAAAAUGAUCCUUUGAAGAAAGAAGUCAAACAACACUGACUGGAACUGAUUCUAAUGCAUUGUCUGUCUUCAUAAUCAGCAUUGUCCAGCAUUGUCUGUUAGUCCAGCAUUGUCUUUUUGUGUCGCUGGAAGGGCACUCUUUGGAGAGAUGCAAUGCUCAACUAAUAUUAUAAAGGAACUGUAGGUGUAUGUUUGCUGUUGAAUGGUGUUACUGUUUGGUUUUGUCAUCAUUGAAGUUUCUGUCCACACUUAAGCUUUUGUAGGAAUGGGUACUGACUAGCAGCAUUAUUGUAACUUAGGGUCAGACAGCAUAAAGUGUCUUGGGUUUCAAGGACAUUUUCAUUCUGGAUGUGCUGCCGACGUCUUUCUUCUACUUCUAAGGCUUUAAAGUCUAACAGAACCCAGCACACACACUUUUAAGCAUCUAUGACAUGUUAAGCCAGCAAUUAAUGUUACCCUUGUUAUCUUUAAAUAAAAACCGAUUUGAAAGAGUUUCAUCUCAUGCAUAUUCCAUUCCAUUACACUCUGCUUUCUGUUUUAGAGAACCUAAGGGGAAGAGUCAAGGUAUUUUUUAUUUUAUUUAUUUAUUUAUUUCACAUUUAUUUACCCAGGUAAGCCAGUUGAGAACAAGUUCUCAUUUACAACUGCGACCUGGCCAAGAUAAAGCAAAGCAGUGCGGUAAAAACAACAACAACACAGAGUUACAUAUGGAAUAAACAAAACGUACAGUCAAUAACACAAUAGAAAAUAUAUAUACAGUGUGUGCAAAUGUAGUAAGUUAUGGAGGUAAGGCAAUAAAUAGGCCAUAGUGCAAUAUAAUUACAAUUAUAAUUUAGUAUUAACACUGGAGUGAUAGAUGUGGAGAAGAUGAUGUGCAAAAAGUGAUACUGGGGUGCAAAUGAGCAAAAUAAAUAACAAUGUAAAUAACAAUAUGGGGAUGAGGUAGUUGGGUGGGCUAAUUACAGAUGGGCUGUAUACAGGUGCAGUGAUCGGUAAGCUGCUCUGACAACUGAUGCUUAAAGAUAGUGAGGGAGAUAAGUGUGUCCAGCUUCAGAGAUUUUUGCAGUUCGUUCCAGUCAUUUGCAGCAGAGAACUGGAAGGAAUGGCGACCAAAGGAGGUGUUGGCUUUGGGGAUGACCAGUGAGAUAUACCUGCUGGAACGCAUACUACGCGUGGGUGUUGCUAUGGUGACCAAUGAGCUAAGAUAAGGCGGGGAUUUGCCUAGAAGUGAUUUAUAGAUGACCUGGAGCCAGUGGGUUUGGCGAUGAAUAUGUAGUGAGGGCCAGCCAACGAGCGCGUACAGGUCACAAUGGUAGGUAGUAUAUGGGGCUUUGGUGACAAAACGGAUGGCACUGUGAUAGACUACAUCCAAUUUGCUGAGUUGAGUGUUGGAAGCUAUUUUGUAAAUGACAUUGCCGAAGUCAAGGAUCGGUAGGAUAGUCAGUUUUACGAGGGCAUGUUUAGCAGUAUGAGUGAAGGAGGCUUUGUUGCGAAAUAGGAAGCCGAUUCUAGAUUUAACUUUGGAUUGGAGAUGCUUAAUGUGAGUCUGGAAGGAGAGUUUAUGGUCUAACCAGACACAUAGGUAUUUGUAGUUGUCCACAUAUUCUAAGUCAGACCCGCCGAGAGUAGUGAUUCUAGUCGGGCAGGCGGGUGUAAGCAGUGUUCGAUUGAAGAGCAUGCAUUUAGUUUUACUAGCGUUUAAGAGCAGUUGGAGGCUACGGAAGGAGUGUUGUAUGGCAUUGAAGCUUGUUUGGAGGUUUGUUAACACAGUGUCCAAUGAAGGGCCAGAUGUAUACAAAAUGGUGUCGUCUGCGUAGAGGUGGAUCUGAGAGUCACCAGCAGCAAGAGCGACAUCAUUGAUAUACACAGAGAAUAGAGUCGGCCCGAGAAUUGAACCCUGUGGCACCCCCAUAGAGACUGCCAGAGGUCCAGACAACAGGCCCUCCGAUUUGACACAUUGAACUCUAAGGUAUGAAUCAUAGUGGCACACUUUUAUAGUCUUGAGUGGAUUUUUUGGGUAACGGAAGACUGCUCUGAACCAAUAGUUUGUUUUCUCUCUGGGAGCAGAGGUUGGAUACCUAAUAAUGCACAUUAGGGUUUUUAUUGGAUAACUUAAAGGCACUGAUUGUACUCAUAUUGUUUUGAGCACUGCUAAUGGCCCUCCUCAAAGCUCCAAGUAGAGGCUGCUGCUUCCUGCUGUACUGUAAUGUAAUGUCUAUAGCCAUGGUGGAAAUGGCUGGGCUGGACCCAUAGUUCUGAACCAGCAGGCUGAGUGCGCAGCAAACACCCAGCACAUGCCAUAUUUUAUUCCUGCCCUGGUGUAAGUUGAUCACGCUGUGGAGGCCUAUAUAACGGAUCCUGGAUCUCUCCGGAAACAGCCGCACAUCAUCUCAGUGAUACACACCCCAUUCACACCCACAAUCCAUUAAGGCAAUGCACCAACCAAUAUUAUUCUGCUUUGACUGCAAAAUGACUGCUGCAAGGAAUAACAUUCAAUAUAAGUCCUUACAUUUCUGUUCUCGAUUCCUGGUUCUCUGUAGUAGUGGGUUUGAUGUGUGUGUUCACAGUUAGCUUUACGGUUCUCCUUGCUCCCAGUCUCCCUGCGCACACUGCACCAGUCCAAAAACCACCCAGUCUGCACUGAAGCCACUGAAUACAGAAAUGCACACUCAGAGCUUUGCUAAUCUAUUCUCUUUACAGUCGCAAGCAAAAACAAAAAGGCAGGUCUGUUAAACUUUUAAUAAUGUUUUCUUGUGGUUGUAAAGAUGUCAGCAGUCUACCGUAGUGGCCCCUGCUAUGUCCACUAGGGAAAGUCCUAGUGGAACAUCUUGCUCAGUGCUCUAAAAGGUAUUUUUGAAGAGUCUUAUUCUACAAUAGCCAGACCUCUAAACUAUCAAUCCUGUAGUUUCUUUAGAGAGCGAUAGAAAGCAUGAUAAGAAACAGGCUGCCACAAUUGACAAGGUUGUCAUGUCUUUCUAGAGACGGAUGACACGUGAUUGGGCUGACACAUUCAUAAUGUGGAUCGUUUUUGGGAGUCAGGUUUCUGUGCAUGUCUGAAUACAUGUCUAUGUUAGGACCAAAUCCCCUGUGUUGUAUAAUGACUCUAUGGUGCUAUUUCUGACAUGGGCAACCAGCAACCAGCAUGCCAAGACAACACAUUUUGAUCAAAGCUUUGCCUUAGUGCCUUUAUAGCAGGUAAUUCAAACUGGAGGACUGACUGCUCAUGAAGGACGAAUGAUCAAUACUUGCUUACAUACCUCAGUGAGGCAGCCAGGAUAACGUCAUAGAAUGGAACUUGGAACGCAUUGGCCUUUAUGGAACAAUCCACUCUAAAUGUCUUUGUGAAAGCUGUUCCACAUCAGCUUUAUUGUCAAGUGCUAAGUGUUUUAUUGUGAAAAUGGAACAUUCAAAUUGAUCUGUUGCUAUCAACCACACACUGUAAAAACAAAUACUGAAAACACAUGCUUAUGGCUCUUUGUCCAGAGUGUCGCUGUUCAUUGUGCUGAAUGGGGUGCCACUGUCUAUGGUGCUGAAUGGGGUGCCACUGUCUAUGGUGCUGAAUGGGGUGCCACUGUCUAUGGUGCUGAAUGGGGUGCCACUGUCUAUGGUGCUGAAUGGGGUGCCACUGUCUAUGGUGCUGAAUGGGGUACCACUGUCUAUGGUGCUGAAUGGGGUGCCACUGUCUAUGGUGCUGAAUGGGGUGCCACUGUCUAUGGUGCUGAAUGGGGUGCCACUGUCUAUGGUGCUGAAUGGGGUACCACUGUCUAUGGUGCUGAAGCUUAUGACACUGUCCAUGGUGCUGAAGCGUCUGCUAUUCAGCCACACCUACACCAAUGCCUCUUGUGAUGCCACAAGCCUAUAGUACAUAUCCCUCCAUACUUUAACUAUGGAUGUGUUUACCCCCACAGGAGAGGAGGGUUUUGAUUCUCAUGCGGACACACCAGGCAGUGAGGCCAGUGAAGAAGGGACAUCAUACCAGACGUGUGCUAACGCAGUGCUGAAGGUGCUGGGGGGCCUCCUAUUGGUCCUAUGUGUCUCCUUCUCUUGGGUGGGAACCACUCAGCUGGUCCAGCUCACCUUCAAGUCCUUCUCCUGCCCCUUCUUUGUCUCCUGGUUCAGCACCAACUGGAACAUCCUCCUCUUCCCUCUGUACUACGGAGGCCAUGUGGUCACCACCCGGGACAAGCAGACGCCUAUACAGAGAUUCAGGUGAUUUAUCAUGACAGUGGGGAAGAGCUUAUACAAGGUUGCACAGGCUAGGUAGCUCAUUGAGAAACCAUAGACUCCAUAGACUAUAAUUCCAGGGUAUUGAAUCAGUUGUGACACCCAGAAGUGUUUAUGGGAGCUGCAGUAGUUAUCAGAUUUGUAAAAUGCUGUUUGUUCAGUAUUCAGUGGGUUUGAUCUCCUCUAGUGCUGUUUGACGUUGUUUAUAUUACACACCCCUCCUCUAAUUACCAUUGGCACUCAGGCGUGUGAAUGGGGAUAUUGACCGCAACCAUGAGAAAUGGCCAGUGUAAUAAUGGUGGUGUCUGCUCAUUUCAAUGAAGCAUUGCCUCUCAGCCGGAAGAACGGUUUUGACUUCCAUCCAAAAUUGUGUAAUUCCCACUCUCACAUUUCCUCAUGUGUAUAGGACUAAUCCCUUUGAUAAGUGCUCUUACCAACAACUUUGAGAAGUAAAUAACUGCCCCCUUUUCUCUAUCCCGUAUUUCCUCUCUUUAAUUCCAUUCGUCAGAGAGUGCAGCAGGCUUUUCGGGGAGGAUGGGAUGACCCUCAAGCUGUUCCUGAAGAGGACAGCUCCCUUCUCCAUCCUGUGGACCCUGACUAACUACCUGUACCUGCUGGCCCUGAGGAAGCUGACCGCCACUGACGUCUCAGCCCUCUACUGCUGCCACAAGGCCUUCGUCUUCCUACUGUCCUGGAUCGUCCUGAAGGACCGCUUCAUGGGUGUACGGGUCAGUACUCUAUCACUACUAUUACUUCAUUGGGCUUGGUCACACAGCUAUCCAAUGAAUCAUACAAGGGUGUGGAAGUAGGUACAAGUAUUAAGGUUGAUUGGUUUACCUCCCUCAUCCCUACCUGCAGAUUGUGGCAGCCAUAAUGGCCAUCACAGGCAUCGUCAUGAUGGCUUACGCAGAUGGUUUCCAUGGGGACUCCAUCAUAGGCGUGGCCUUGGCUGUGGGCUCCGCGUCCACAUCGGCUCUCUACAAGGUUAGUUUACUAAGCAGGUGCCUGUUUAUACUGAAAUUCUUAGUAUUCUUAAUUAGUUUUACAUAGAGUUCCAUCAGUAUAACAUAUCUGGACAUUGUUUCCUCUGCUGCAGGUGCUGUUUAAGAUGUUCCUAGGCAGUGCCAACCUGGGUGAGGUGGCUCACUUUCUCUCCACCAUGGGCAUCUUCAAUCUCAUCUUCAUCUCCUUCAUCCCCCUCAUCCUCUACUUCACCAAAGUGGAGCACUGGGGCUCUCUGUCCUCGCUGCCCUGGGGAUACCUGUGUGGCCUGGCCGGGCUCUGGCUGGGUGAGUGGACACACGCACACACACUAGUUGAUCAUACUAGGAACGAUAUUUGUGUUAACGUUGUCAUUUCUCUUCCAGUGUUCAAUAUCCUGGUUAAUCUUGGUGUGGUGCUUACGUACCCCAUCCUCAUCUCUAUAGGGACACUGCUCAGUGUGCCCGGCAAUGCAGGUAUGUGUUUGUGUGUGCAUGUGUGUACGUGCAUCUCUGAAAUAUGUGUAAAGGCCUCUUUAUUCUAAUGCAUGCAGAGGUAUUGUAUCCAAAUGUCAGCACUUGAGGCCCCCGCAACAAACAGAUUACACAGCAAGUCUGACUCUCUCACCUCGGAAACCCAAUCAUCAAUGUGCCUUCAUAGAUGCAGCAACUAUCCGUCACUAAGGGAGGAUCAGGUUGCCAAGGCGACACUAAAUGCCUGCAGACAAGUUAUUUUCCUUAACCACAGUGGACUGUAUGAAGGUCAGUGGGUUACUACAGCUUGGCGCGGUGCAGGGGUGUAGACCUAUAGAGCAGAGAGAAAAUGUAGUGGCCCACUUGUGCUGAUUGUAAACUGCAUUGUUAAGCUACAUAUAUCCCCCUGCAGUUCAGUUCAUCCCCCCACUUGUGUCCUGCUGUUUCUGUUACUUUAUGUAAUUAAUCAGAACAUCUCUCUCCGUCUUUCUCCCUCUCUCUUCUUAUACCUCAGUUCUGCUUAAUUAAUCAAAACAUCUCUCUCUCUCUCGCUCCGUACCUCCUUCCUUUCCUCCCUCCCUCCCUAGUGGUAGAUGUGUUGAAACAUGAGGUGAUCUUCAGUGUGGUGCAUUUGGCUGCCACCUGCAUCAUCUGCCUGGGCUUCCUGCUACUGCUGCUUCCUGAGGAGUGGGACUCCGUCACACUGCGCUUCCUCGCCACAUUUGCAGACAAGAAGUCUGAGGAGCAUAGCGAGGAGCUGACCGAUUCCAGCAUCCACACGCACAGCCGCAGCCGAGCCAAUGGCGCCGUCUCAAUCCCUAUGGCAUGA